AAUAUUCCAAACUCAAAAAUAAUUGUGUAAUUUUCCAAGUUUUUUUGAAAAAUAUACAAUUUUGAAAAUAAAUAUUCAAACUCAAAUUGAUAAUAUUUCAAACUUUAGAAAAGAUAAAAUCAUAGAUAAUAAAUAAUAACCUUUUGAAUUGCACCACGAAAAUAGAAACUAUAUAUUUUAUAAAGAUUAAAGUAAUCUAAAUUUUUGAAAUCUUAAUAAAAAAAACAUAAUAUCAUAACAUGAAAAAUAAUCUAAAUCAAUAAAAUUUACUAAAAUAAUAUAAUUUUAAUAAAAUAGAUGCUGUUAUGUAUAAAAUUUACUAAAAUAAAGAGCUAUAUUAUUUUAAAAAGAGUAUUUUUACUUAUAAAUCCGGUAUAAUACAAAACGAUAUAUUUUAGAGUAUAUUUUUAAGAAGAAUAUGUAAAUUUAAAUUAUCUUAAACACAUAUAUUUUCUAUAAUAUAAACAAAUAAAAAUUUAAAAUUUAUUAUAUGCAAAUUGUAUAAAUUAAAGAAAAAUAUAUUUUAAAAGAAGUUCUCUAUUUGAUUAUUUUAGAUUUUUUAAUUUAUUGUGCCUAAUUCGAAAAUAUAUUCGUAAGUAAAUAAAUUAUUGACAAACUAAAUGUAUUAAACAAAUCACUAUUCGGGUCGGGUUUCUAUUUUUUUAUUAAUUAAUUAUUUCUUUAUUAACUCGAAAAUAUAUUCGGGUUUUUUUCCCGUUGGUUUCUCUUGUUUUAGUUAAUAAAGAAAUAGAAAAGCAUGAGAGAGAGAAAUCAGAACAGACAGAAACGUCUCUUUAUAAAGAAUUUUUUCUUAACCAUGAGGUACUCUGGUGAGAAAUGAAACCACUAAUGAUGCUCUUAGUUCAAUACUCUCCUCUGUCUCCCAUUUGCUUAUAUAAGUAUUUUCUGAUUAACUUUUUCAUGCUAUCUAAAAGUCUAUGGAUUUUAUAACUGUUUGUAAUCUUUUUUGUCACAAAUUGAUUCUUAUAUGACUUAGAUUUGUUUUUAAUUAAGAUUAAGAUUUUGUUUAUAAUUUUUUUAAUAAAUUAAAUAUAUUUUUAAGUUUGCCUUAGUCAUAUAUAUAAGAAAUCAAUUUGUGCCGUAAAGUUCUCACACGGCACUGAUCUACUUAUUAAUAAACAAAUUUCAGUAUCUUCUAAAACCAACUAGAAUCACUGUAUACCAUCAAUGGACGUUGAACGUUUGGUCAUGUUCCUUUACGGAUCCCAAAAUAGAGGAUUUUUUUCUAAAAAUAUCGAAUACACUUGAAAGAAGACCUAUCAGUUUUAGUAUAUAUAUAGUAAAAAUAUAUUUACAUCUAUUGCAUAUCUGCAUAACUGUAAUUCGACGUCAUCAAUGGUUAUCUUUUAUGUAUCCUUUUCUGACAUAAAAUUAUAUUUAUAUGCAUGCCGAAAUGAAAAAUGAAACAUACAUAAUCGUAAAUGAUUAGCGAUACAUACUUCAAACCUCAAAUUUUUGUUCUUUUUCUGUUUGCUAACCAGUUGUUAUGGGCGCAAACUCAAACUAAUGGUCUACCUGUGGAAACAAUCUUUACAUUUCCUGGUCCUUUGCCUAAUACGCUUCCCGAUGAGGGAGAUUUUGGUAAAGGUAUCAUAGACUUGGGAGGUCUAGAGGUUGCUCAAGUCUCCAUCUCCAACUCAACAGCGCAAAGAGUAUGGAGUACAUAUGAAGGAGGAGGAGACAACAUGGGAUUCAGCAUCUUUGAACCUAUAAAUCUCCCUCCUAACUUCUUCAAACUCGGCUUCUAUGCACAACCAAACAACCAGAAGCUUUUUGGUUCGAUUCUUGUUGCAAGAAGCGUAAAUUUAUCUAAUUUACUACCACCAGAAGACUACCUUGAAGUCGGUAACACUGCAUCGCUAAAUAUCAAACAAGACGGGCCUGCUUAUGUUUGGCAGCCGGUAUGUCACAAUGGAUAUCAAGCGGUUGGUAUGUUUGUCACUACUUCUCCUGAAAAGCCACUUCCGUUAACCCAACAAUACACAAGUUGUGUUCGAUCCGAGUUUACGGAAGCGAGUGAAGCUGAUGGAUUGUUAUGGGGGAUAAACGGAGUAAGCGUUUUUAAAUUGAGACCGGUCAUCAGAGGAACACAAGCAACAGGUGUGUACACAGGAACAUUCAGUUUUCAAGGACUAAGUAGUUCUACUCCUCUUCCUCCUUUAUUCUCCUUAAGAAAUACAAAACUUGACAUGUACUCUUGCAUGCCAAGCGAAGCUCAAACUAGGGUUUUGUUUCAAACCUAUUCUCCUUUGAUAUAUUUCCAUCCAGACGAAGAUUUUCUUCCUUCCUCCGUGGAUUGGUUCUUCACCAAUGGUGCAUUGUUGUACCAGAAAGGAAACGAAUCAAACCCUGUCCCAAUACAACCAAACGGUACAAAUCUUCCACAAGGCGGUUCUGAUGAUGACUUGUUCUGGUUAGACUACCCGGUCGAUAAAACCCAAAAAGAAAUGGUUAAAAGAGGAGACUUGAGUAGCACGAAAGUGUAUCUACACAUCAAACCAAUGUUUGGUGGGACUUUCACCGACAUUGUCGUAUGGGUAUUCUGUCCUUUCAACGGUAACGCCAACCUCAAGUUUCUAUUCAUCAAGAGACUCUCUUUAGGGGAUAUAGGCGAACAUAUUGGAGACUGGGAGCACGUUACUUUACGUAUCAGUAACUUCAACGGCAUGUUAUGGCGCGUUUACUUCUCUCAGCAUAGUGGAGGAGCGUUGAUGGAGGCGUGUGAUCUUGAGUACGUUGAUGGUGGAAACAAACCAGUGAUAUACUCGUCGCUUCACGGUCACGCAAUGUAUUCAAAACCUGGACUUGUGUUGCUAGGCAAUGAUGGCAAUAACGGAAUAAGAAACGACAUGGAUAGAAGUGACAAGGUGUUGGACUGUGGUUCGGGGUAUGAAGUGAUUUCAGGACUUUCAGGCGUGGUUGAGCCACCGUGGAUUAACUAUCUUAGGAAAUGGGGACCUCAAGUACAGUAUAACAUUGACAAGUCUCUUGAAGGCUUCGCUAAGAUUUUGCCGUGGUUUAUACGGAAGAGUUUCUAUAAACUUAUUAGCAAGAUUCCUGUUGAGAUACUUGGGGAAGAAGGUCCAACGGGUCCUAAAGAAAAGUUGAGUUGGACCGGUGAUGAAAAAUAUUAAUAGGCGGUGUUAUUCAAUUAUCUAUUUUAAUAGAGUUUAAAUCUGAUAUUCGAAUGAUGAUUAUAAAUUCUAUUUUAAAAUCAAGUGUAUUUCAAUGAAUGAUUUAAAUCUAGUUUUUAAAAUAUAAUGUUAUUCAAAUUGUAAGGAUUUAACUCCUUUUUUUUGUAUUUUGGAUUCAUUACAAAUAAUUUUAUAUAGAAUCUCAUGAAUACAUGAUUGAACUCAAAAUCCUAUGCAUACUAAAGAAAUUUUAGAAUUUAUCAACUUAAACUAUUUUAAAAUUUAAUAGGUAAAAAAAUAUUAAUAACUUAUUUUAAUUAAUCACUAAUUGAAAAAUACCCUAACUUAUUUAGUUUAGAUUGUUGCAUUAAUCUAUAUACAGUAUAGUUAUAUGCAUUUUUCACAACCAAAAGAAAUCUAUCCAGCAGUAAUGUUUAAAAAAAAAAUUAAAUAGCUAAACAAUAAUUUUAAUAAGAAAAACAUAAAGACAAAGUACAAUAUAAAUGUAU